GGUCACGGGACUGAGGCGAUGGCGAUGGCGGCGGUACCUGGUCCCCCUCGGGCCGGCUCCCUGUCCGUGUCCUUGCUGCUGCUGGCGGCCUGUCUGCGGGCGGAGGCCAGGCCCGGUCCCCGGGCGGAAAUUCACAGUUUGCGGGGAAACCACUGGAAAAUUCGCAACGGGAACGGCAGCGUCCGGGCGGCGGCUGUGGUCCCGGGGACCGUGCACAGCGCCCUGUUCACCGGGGGAAUCAUUGAGGAUCCUUACUAUAGGUUUAAUGAUGAUGCCUAUAGAUGGAUUGCAUUGGAUAAUUGGACGUAUAGUCGGACAUUCACGCUACCUUCUGAUGUCAGUAAGUGGAAGAGAGUAAAUCUGGUUUGUGAUGGACUUGACAGUGUUGCAACAAUCCUCAUCAACAAUAUCACAGUCGGGACAUCAAACAACAUGUUUAGUCGAUAUACUUUUGAUUCUACUGCUGUGGUCAGAGAAAGGAACUUCAUCGAGGUCCGCUUUUUAUCUGCAGUCCUGUAUGUGGCACAGCAAAGUGCUCAACACAGCAAAUACCCAGUGCCCCCUGAAUGCCCUCCAAUUCAGCAAAGAGGAGAAUGUCAUGUCAACUUCAUCAGAAAGGAGCAGUGCUCAUUCAGCUGGGACUGGGGUCCAUCAUUUCCUACACAGGGCAUCUGGAGAGAUAUAAGGAUUGAGAUGUACAACAUCUGCCACCUGACGUAUCUCACAGCAACUACUGUUUAUGAUGAGAAAACACAGAAGUGGUCCGUGGAAGUAGAGAGUUUUUAUGAUGUUGUUUUCUGUAAGCCAAUUGAAGGUGAGCUGACGGUUAACAUUCCAUCUUUACGCACACAACAAACUUACAAAAUAGUUCUUGAGAACAGAGAAGAUAGCAGAAGUAAAGUCAGACUGGAAAUUAAUCAGGAUGCUUCUGUUGAUCUUUGGUGGCCCAGUGGUCAUGGUAAUCAGACUGGUUACAAUAUGACUGUUACUCUCACAAUCAGCAGAGAAUACCACAUUGAAAAGUCCAUUAUGAUUUAUUUUCGAACAGUGGAGCUGAUACAAGAGCCAGUACCAGGGUCGCCAGGAUUAAGUUUUUAUUUUAUGAUAAAUGGACUCCCAAUAUUCCUCAAGGGUUCAAACUGGAUUCCUGCAGAUGCCUUUCUGGACAGAGUGACAUUUGAUGUAUUGCAAAACCUGUUGCAGUCAGCAGUUGAUGCCAAUAUGAAUGUAUUAAGGGUCUGGGGAGGAGGAGUGUAUGAACAAGAUGAAUUUUAUAACCUGUGCGAUGAAUUGGGGAUUAUGAUUUGGCAGGAUUUCAUGUUUGCCUGUGCACUUUACCCGACUGACCAGAGCUACUUGAAUUCAGUGAAGGAAGAAAUUACUCAUCAGAUCCGCCGACUAAAAUCUCAUCCGUCCAUCAUUAUCUGGAGUGGAAACAAUGAAAAUGAGGCUGCACUUGCAUUAAAUUGGUUCCAUAUUCCAUCAUCAAACAUCACAUUGUACUUGAGUGACUAUAUACAACUCUAUGUUAAUACUAUUAGAGAAAUAGUGCUUGAGGAGGACAGAAGUCGUCCUUAUAUAGCUUCAAGUCCCACUAAUGGAGAAGAAUCCGUUCAGGAGAAGUGGGUUGCCAACAAUCCUUACGAUGUCCAUUAUGGUGACGUUCAUUAUUAUAAUUACACGGCAGACUGCUGGGACUGGACACGAUUUCCAAAGACAAGAUUUGCAUCUGAAUACGGCUUCCAGUCUUGGCCAUCCUUCUCUACUUUAGAAACAGUUUCUUUGCCUGAAGACUGGUAUUACAAUAGCUCUUUCAUCAAUCAUCGACAACAUCAGAAAACUGGCAACAAGAUAUUGCUGUACCAAACUCAGAUUCACUUUAACCUUUCUCAUGCAGAAAAUCCCCUGCAGAACUUUAAAGAUACACUUUAUCUUACUCAGGUAAUGCAAGCACAAUGUGUAAAAGCACAAACUGAAUUCUACCGUCGAAGUCGAAAUGAGAUCAUCAAUGGCCAAGGUUUGACAAUGGGCGCAUUAUACUGGCAGCUUAAUGACAUCUGGCAGGCGCCCUCAUGGGCUUCCAUUGAAUAUGGUGGUAAAUGGAAGAUGCUUCAUUACUUUGCACGGAAUUUCUUUGCUCCUGUUUUGCCAGUAGCCUUUGAAGACAAUGGAACACUGUUGAUCUAUGGCAUUUCUGAUUUAUCUAUGGAUCUUAAACUCAUUCUUCAGGUUAAGGUUUACCAGUGGAGCCUGAUGGAGCCAGUGUGUGUUUAUACCACUGAGCACUUUAUCCUCAAGGCAAGGAGUUCAGCCCCAGUGUACAAGGAAGUCACUGAUAAUCUGCUGAGGCAAUGUGGUUGCAGCAGAUAUAAUUGCGUGGUAAUAUUUUACCUUGAAGAUAAUGGCCAACAGCUCGGACCUACAAACUAUUACUUAUUAUCUUCUUUAAAAGAUGCUCAGAUGCUUAGAAAGCCACAGAUUAAUGCUACCAUCAGUCAGCAAGGUGAGACGUACAGGAUCACUCUGCGAACAUCUAGUAUUGCCCCUUAUGUCUGGCUGGAUGUAGGGAAUGUCACAGGCAGAUUUAGUGACAAUGGUUUCAUCAUGGUGGAGAAGACUAUACUGACGACCUUUCACCCUUGGCGCCGGACCAGCAUCUCAGAAUUGAAGCAGUCUUUACGUGUUCAGUCACUUCCAGAUGUUUGUUGACAGCUAAUAUCCCAUAAAGGUAGAGACUGUCUAAUUUGUGUAAUUGACCUGCAGCCUUUGUGUAAUUAUUGCAUUGAAGAGGACAUAAUAUAAAAAAAAGAACUUGAAUUGAAAUUGACAAAUGAUGAUGGUCAUUAAUUUCUUGCAGUUCUCAUUCAGAAUUGGAUGUGUUUGAAACCAAAGAAGAAUAAGGAAAGGAAAAGAUUUAUUUUGUUUCCAAUAUUUUCAGUGAAACAAUAUUUUUUAUGUGAUGCUUUUCUACCACACAUUUUGUAUUGACUUUUGUAUCAUUGGUCAAAGUCCAUCAGAAAAAUAUUAUUGAAUGUUUUGUAAACCUGUAAUUUAUAGUUCAUUAAUUGAAAGGCUUUUUUUACAUAAAAUCAGCUUCUUUGGAAUCUCCACCUGCCUAGAUGAGUGCAUUCUCCAACAAGGCUCAACACUCCAUAACGUCCAGGUCAAGACAAUCCACAGAACCCGUGAGCUUUUAAAUCAAGAACAAAUUGUUGGAAAAUCAAUGUUUACAUAAGAAAACUGAGAAUCAAACUAUUUAACCUUAGCAAAUCGUUUUCAAAUAUUGUUUUAUUUCAAGGUUUCAUUAAUUAAAUAUUAAAAAGUAA